GAUGCUGCUGGUUUCAGAGCGUGCGGCGUUUACGUCACUUUCAAUCUUGUUGGGAUUGUGCAUGACGGCUGCCCAGUCAGUGGACCACAUCGACAAGAGCUACGCAACGCCUGGGACAUUCGACGAUUUGGACCUGCAGGUUCUGGACAACAUUCUCUGGAGCUAUGACCGAAGAAUAACGCCAAGUCAUCACCUCAACACACCGACAGUGGUGAAAUGCGAGAUCUACUUAAGGAGCUUCGGGGCGGUCAAUCCUGCAACAAUGGACUAUGACGUGGACUUGUACCUUCGUCAGACGUGGACCGACGUGCGGAUGAAGAGCACAAACCUUACCAGGUCCUUGGAUCUGAACGACCCUAAUCUGGUAAAAAGGGUGUGGAAGCCGGAUGUCUACUUUCCAAAUGCCAAGCACGGAGAGUUCCAGUUCGUCACAGUGCCCAACGUACUGCUUCGCAUUUAUCCCAACGGCGACAUACUGUACAUGCUCAGGCUGAAGCUGACGUUUUCCUGCAUGAUGAACAUGGAGCGAUAUCCGCUUGACAGACAAGUGUGCAGCAUCGAACUUGCUUCCUUUUCCAAGACGACGAAGGAGGUGGAGCUUCACUGGGGUAGUGCAGAUGCAGUGACCAUGUAUAGUGGGCUGAAGAUGGCGCAGUUUGAGCUACAACAAAUUAGCCUUACGAAAUGCAGUGGGACCUUCCAAAUCGGUGAAUACAGCUGUCUACGAGCAGAGCUGAACCUCAAGCGCUCCAUUGGUCAUCACCUGGUUCAAUCAUACCUGCCUUCGACACUUAUUGUCGUUAUUUCGUGGGUUUCCUUCUGGCUCGACGUGGAUGCUAUACCGGCACGUAUCACGUUGGGCGUGACAACGUUGCUUACUAUAUCAUCAGAGAGCUCCGACCACCAGGCCAACCUGGCCCCGGUGUCGUACGUAAAGGCUCUUGACGUGUGGAUGGGCACGUGCACAAUGUUUGUCUUCGCUGCCGUCCUCGAGUUCACGUUCGUCUCCUACUUAGCCAGGAAGAAACUCAUCGUGCCAGCGACAAUAGGGGAUGUGGAAGCUUCACAAGACCUUGUGAUUGUUGUGGCAAAUAGCGAGAAGCCCCGGUCCAACUCGCCAUGUACACAGCCGUCCACAAAUGUUGUUCUCGCCUACCGACAUCGAGCGAAGCAGAUCGACCAAAGUGCAGGGGCGAUCAUGUGACUGGUGCGCAGGUCAGCACAGCACAGCAGAAGCGGGUAUGCGAGCGUGAUCUGACGAGGAAGAAACAAACAGGAAAGGCAGGGGGAGCUGUCGACGUCACGCGAGAGGAUCAGGUCGUCCUUCCGAGGCUGCCUGCUCCGAGUGUUCUUGUACAUGUGCUUGCGCGGUGACUAAUACACCGCACAGCGAAAAUAAGUUGCAGUGUAUGUUCUGAUGGACAGCUUGACGAAUGAAACAGGAUUUGGAGCCACGUUAAAUGUCACCCGGUUGCUCUUUUAGCCAAUCUUCUUAACACACGGUCCUCUCAAAAUGAUGUAAGUAUCCCUCACUAAGGAGGGUCUCAAGUUGUGGACGAUUCAUUACGUUAUGCAACGUGUUGUAUAAUGCCAAGACUGCGCGCUCGGAUACAGAGUAAAAAAACUGUUUAAAAAAAAACAGCUGUAUGUUGUACAUUUUCCAGCUGUCGCGUAUUGCACAACGCGUGCUUUAUAUGCGAUGCGUCAAUCAACGUUCGUUCACUCGAUUCGGCCGUAGUUGCAUUUAUUAAGAUGGGAGUGGAAACCCUCCAUAUUGACGCUAGGUGCCACGCUGGAAGGUACUCUAUUAUGUUGCUGUUGAGUAUGCUCGCAGACAGGACAUCCUCAUCUGAGUCAUCUCUCUACCUUCUCAUAGGGACCAAUGCAUCAUGAGAGAUGGAAUGGUCGCUCGGUGCGCACACAUCAAUGAAGAGAUAUACAUUGAUGAUGCCUAAUAUUUAUUUAUUUAUUAUACCCUCAAUGCCUCAGAGGCGUUACAGAGGGGAGUGGAUACAAGAAAAUAGAAAAGAAAGGAAAAAUCACGAAAGGCACUUAUGAUACAGAACCUUACAUGAAUCAAAAUAUAGCGCUUAAAUAAAUCACUAACAUAACAUAACAUAAAUCACUAACGCUUGUUAAUGGUGAGUGAGGAGAUGGUCAUAUGCAGCUUCGAUGAACCUAUUAGUAUCAGCAAUGAACAUAAUACAGGCCGGAAGGUGAUUCCAUUCUACCGAUAUACGAGGUACAAAUGAUGAGUAGAACGCCAAGCUGUUACAGUUGUAAAUGCCGACUAUAUGUUUGAUAUUUAAUGCGUGAUGGUAAAUACGAUUGAGGCAAUAAUAGAAAUGACUUUAAAUGAAAUGAAUGAACUGCGAGACGUGCUACUUUCCGCCGGAAAUAGGGUGAUGCUAAUUUAAAAUUCGGGUUUCAUUUCGGUGACGCUCGCUGGGCGGUUGUAAUUACCAAAAAUGAUACGUGUGGGGUCUAUUUUGAACACUUUUUAAAUUUUGUUUUAGUGACUUCACUGUGGGAUGCAAGACCGCUGCUGCAUAUUCCAGUUUAAUCCGGACGAGCGUUUUAUAUAAAGUAAGAUGUUUUAAUGAUGCAACGGCAGUAUACUUCGGUAUGGCUUGAAACAACAGACACGAAUUAUUAUUCAUUUGGUUCAAGGCAGUAAGAAAUCAACCAAUGGCAGAACAUGAAAGAAGAAAGAGAAAGAGAACAUCUCUCCAGUCACGUGCGGUUUUCAUAGGAAAGGAGAAAAGAAAAGACUCGGGAAAAAGUUUAGUAUUACAGAUAAAUGGUUUUAUUUUUAUUUUUAUUUUUUCGGAUCAUAGGAGCAACAUAUCGGAGCAACAUAGGUAUAAUGGAUUGAUGAUUGAUGGGUUGUGGAAGAUCUUCUGAAACAGCCAAAGAAGACAGAACUUCGGCGAUCGGAAAGACUAGGAAGGCUUAGAGAAGACACUAAGGCGGAGAUGCUGGAGUUUGGUAACGGUAGUCGGAAAGAAUGAAUCACACAGCGCUGUUUUGGACAGAUUCGUCGUAAUUGGAUUAACGCGUCUGCUGUAGAUCCAACAAAGAAAAAGCUUAUUCAGGUUUGGGGCAUAUUAGGGUGGCGUAGACUAAUAGCCCUGCCACGCGGACACAAAGGACAGUAAGGUGACAGUUUUUCGAUAUAGUACAUACCAUCCAUUAUGAAAUAAAGCAAAUUCUCUUAUUUUGUGGGUUAUUAUGAGUAUUUUGAAUAUCUUAGAACACGUUUACGCCCUUCAAGUAUCGCAUCUCUUGCGCGGCUAUAGUGGGAAACCCGCAUCGACAUCAUUGCGUUUAAUGUCGUUCCUAUCUGACGUGUUGCAUGACUAUCGUUAGAAAUGAAAUUAGGUGCCCGACUGACAUUACACGCUAAUGUCAUCUUUUCUGCCCGUGUUGCACAGGUAAUAACGGGGCAGAAAGUUUAAGAGUUACGUCUGAUCAAGGCUAAACAGGAGUUUGCAUUUUGAGCAACACAUUUACUCCAAGUGAGAUAUGAGGAAGGAUUUAGAUUUAGUCCAAGAUAUUUAGACGAAAGGGACAACUGCUAACUAUUAGUGACAGCCCUGGUAGAUGACGAAAGAUAGGUGCGUAAAAGGCCGUAAUGACAUUUGCGAAUAGUUAGAGGAAGUAGCCAGGUUGAGCAUAUACGAAGAAAUGCUAUCGAGAUCUCGACCGAGAGUAAGUUAUUUGACUGGAGAAGCGUGUUGGAGUGGAGGACGGUGCUCAAGAAUCUUCCAAAUAAUACUGCUGAUAGGAAGAGGCCAGUAAUUUAACGCUGACUGCCUAUUCGGUGCGGGAUCGACCUAUAGGGGGCGACACACCUUUCUAGUGUGGAUAACACGCGGGCCGAUGUUCGGAGUUGGUGGUUCUUUUCCGUAAUUAUUGUGUAUAUUCACUGGUAGGUCAGUUGUGCCGCGUUGGUACGAUACUGUUCAGUUCCCCAAUGCUCCGCAUACUGCACUGAACGCGGAAUAAACCAGUAAAGGCAGACGACGCGUCCACACUACGGUAGUUCUCCAUCUUCCGCAGCGCGCCGACACCGUUUGAUCUCGGAGCGAAUACCCCCUUUCCUGUAACGAGAAAUGGGCUUUAUCGUUCGCCAGACAUGGGCCUGUUUAACGGAACAUAAAAAUAAGAGAAAAAGCUAACGAGGAAAUUUCUAGGGAUUGUGGCCUCGAUCGUAUGUUUGAAAAAAGAGAGAAAAAAAUGCACGUCGAGAGAGAUACAGAAUGCACAUAUAGAGCCAGGGUCGACCAUAAGCAAACAAUUGUGUUUAACUUCUAUAUUUUGCCACCGUUUCUGCUCAACAUUGGAAGAUGCACUUACAUUUUUGACAUCCUGACUCCUGAUUAAGUCUACGAGCCUCCCUGUUAAUCCUGCGUCUCACACGGCUCGAAUGAAAACAUGCAAUUUCUUCAACUUCUUUCAUCGCUGUGGGACCAAUUAUCCGUUUCAGAAACUUAAUGCAUGGUUCUUAGUUCUCAGGCAUUAUUUCGCAUGUUUUAUUCCAUAGAUGAGGCUUCACACAGCCGAGCAGCCAUGUCCUUUAGCUGUUCCGUUCUUCGCAAGUCUUUCUGUUCGAAACACUUUAAAGAAAGAGUGAAAAGCCUUUUCGUCAUCACCACCUCGAAGCCAUUUCCGCUGAAUCAGGUAACUUCUAAGAUAUGCAUUUGAUAUGAUUUCCUCCGAACUCGACACUAUCAGCGAUAUAUCUAAUUAUGAGACAACGUAGCCGUGACACCGCUCUCGCAGGGCCGACAUCGCUGCUGGCGACACUCGACAGUCUCGGGUGGCUAUGACAUAAUUCCAAGAGCAGAAAGGGCAUGCCUGCUUUGUACUCUUCUCUAUGAAGACGCACUCGCUACCUCCACGUUAGAUGUCUUAAUUGUUUACAGUUCUAUUGCUGCAAAAAAAUAAGUUCAUAAAUAAAUAAGAACGUUGUCUCUGUUUGUCUUCGAUAGCAUAGUAUUUGGGUAGUGGGUUGGUAUUUAACUGCUUCUAUGCGAAGUUUGAACGGCCGAAUUGUCGAGUGUUCGAACUGUCGUCGCACGAACCUGACCUACACAAAAAUACACACAAAGGAAUAUAUUUGCAUGCACAGGACACUUAUAUCCUCUCUGCAUUUCAACAAAUCAUUUUUUUUUACUGAGGUAGCUCCUUGGCUCUACCCAUGUCUGGCCCACCUAAUUUAAGUACCAUUUGGAUGCAGGUACAAGGCAGUACCAUGUUGUCGUUCCCCGAACUCCGACAUCGAGCAACAGCGACAUUUAUUGUGCCUUUCGCGGCUGCGUCGAAGCGUUUUUGAACAGUAACACUGUGCUCAAUACCUUGUCAUUUCUUUCAAACGUGCUUGGGGUCUGUGUUAGAAAUUCACAUUUUCGACUCACUAACUACUCACUAACAAUGCUGUUUGUACGAAUGUCACGAAUUCCGUACCGCCGUUUGCGUGCGUGGCCUGGAUAUUCUCUUACAUGUGUCUUUAAAUAUAAUCAUAUAUUAUCUCUAAUAACAAGACUGUAUGUGUGCACGAGAAAGAGCAUCAGCUGGGUUAUGACGAAUGGUCGGAGAAACCUACUCAGGUAGGCUUAGAAAAGAACAUGAUGUAUGUAAUACAUUAAAGUCUUACCCGUAUUUUCGUCUUCAGUUUGUGUUUGGGUUCUACUAUGUCACUGCACUGGUUUGUGCAAACAUAUGUCUUGAUCGGUCAAGUGUUAUUGCCGUCUUGGGCAUCCUUUUUUUUUUUUUUUUUUGACCAGGAAUUGAAAGUGUCCUCAAAGGUGGUAGUGUGUGGCAAUAUAAUUCAUCAAUUAAGUGCUACUUCCUGCGCCACCCAUGCGAAUGUGUUACGCGGUUGGAGUUGUUGUAGGUCCCAAUAAUUCAGCGGUCGAAAGUUGUUUACAUUAGUUGUUUAAGUUGAAAGUUGUUUAAUUGUUCACUGUUUACCACUCUCUUUGCAGAGAAAGAGGUCCCUUUGAAAGGGGUGCUCGUACGUGCCGUUGUUCAUACCUGUUUUCGGGACGCAUGUGGCGUUGUCCGUGCCCACUCGAAGCGUAGUAAUGAGAUUUUUUUUCUUUUGUGUCACCAUGUUCAGAUGAUAAAACCAC